CAUUUCUUAACAAUCAUAAACCUCCUCCAGGUCAUAAUAAACCUCCACUUCUUCCAAUAAUUUCUUUAGAUUAUUAUAUUCCAGAUGAACUUCAUAUAAUGUUAAGAAUUUGGGAUCGAUUAUGGAAUCAAGGAACACAAAAUUGGGAAUUUACAUCAUUAAUGGAAGGUGAUAAAGAAAUUUUUUUGAAAAAUUUUAAUUUUGAAGUUAUCUUUGAUAAAGAAAGAGCAAUUUUAAUUAAUAAUUUAUGGCGAGAGUUUUAUCAACUUUACAAACCUAUAAAAUUUAAAGAAACUAAUUCAACUCAAUUUUAUAAUCAAGCAAAACAAUGGUUAGAUUUAUUUCUUACACCAUCACAAGGUGAACCUAAUACUAUAACUUUUAAAAUGGGACUUUAUUGA